AUGGUGACCAUGCAAUCUCAGCCCGAGAAGCCCAAGAAGGCUCCUCGCAAGCAUGUCACCACGGCUUGUGUCCCUUGUCGGGAAAGUAAAAUUAGAUGCGACGGCACGACUCCGCACUGUCACAAUUGCGAGAGGAAAGGGAAGGAUUGUAGGUAUCAGCAUGGCGAUGAUAAACGGAAGGUCUCGCUUCGUGCUGCGACAGAGUUGUUUUCUGCGCGGAUCGACCAGCUGUGUCAAUUCAUCUAUGACCAUGGGCUGGAACCGCCUCCUAUGAAGCCCGAGGAUGAAUCGGGUAUGAAUAGGGUGCUGGAAACACUGCAAAUUCCCCGUGCAGCAGUAACGAGGAAAGAAAUUCCGCCGGCGGAGAAGCAGGCAACCGUGCAGUCCCAUCCAGUCAUUCAGCCGUCCUCUGACCGCAACUCGCCUGAUCAUCCUUCCCCUAAUGGGCAGGUAGGCGUGCCAGGGACUGCUCCCGAAGCUAUUCCAUCGACAGAGAACCUGGUUUCAAGUCCACCGCACAUCUCCUUGGCUGAAAGAACCCCGGACCCGGUAAACUUCUUUGCGGUCAACCCAGCUUCAGCAAAUCAGUAUCCUUCCACUCACUGGGGAUUCACUCUGCCGACCGCUGAGAGUCUAGGAACGAUUUAUGCCAAUCUAAGCGGCGCGCCCAAUUUCCGAACCGAAGGCAGCAUCAGCAGUCCGGACAGCCUGCCGUUGACUCAGGACUUGGCCCAGCAGCCGGGAGCACUUCUGGGUCAGCCGCAGAACGACACUGAAGACGGCUCGGAUAGUGGGGAGGAGGACGAAGCAGAGAACGAUGUUAUAGAACAACUGUCGCAUCGAAUUGGGACCUUGAAAAUUGCCGGAGAUGGCCACCUUCGGUUUUAUGGAGCUACCUCGAAUCUCAACCUGGUAGAUGUUUCGGCUACGCAGCAGCGCCAGCGUCCCGACGCACGAACGGUGCGACACGAUGGACAGGACAUCUUGAACCACCUGCGGGUGGGACAGCCAGUCGAUCAGGCUCUGGAGGACCAUCUCGUGGAGCUCUACUUCACCUGGCAGAAUCCUAGUACUUAUGUCGUUGACAAAGAGAUGUUCAUCACCGCUCGGUCAAGAUGGAGGAAUGAUCUAGAUGACACACCAUUCUAUUCCGAGGUCUUGACAAAUGCAAUGUGUGCCGUUGGCAGUGCGUUUGAAGCGCGAUACCACCCUACUUUCAUCACCUUCCCCAAGUCGCUGUCUGAAUUCUUUGCGGAUAGAGCCAAGGCUCUGUUGGAAAUUGAACUGGACUCGCCUUGUGUCGCUACCGUGCAGGCACUGGUCAUCCUGAGCUGCCAUGAAGGGGCUUCAAACCGGGAUGCACGAGGUUGGCUGUACAGUGGAAUGUCAAUGCGACUCGCAUUUGACCUUGGGCUACACCUCGACAUGACGCCAUAUGUCGACAAAGGCGACAUCAGCGCUUUCGAAGCCGAUGUACGUCGCAUAGCAUUCUGGGGUAGCUACACCGCGGACCAUUUUUGGGGAUUUUAUCUCGGACGACCUUUCCGUACCAAUGCCGGAGAUAUAACGGUUCCCAAACCUGCUUCUAAUUUGGGCGCAGAGAAGGAGAGCAUCUGGUAUCCGUAUGGAUCGCAGGCAAGUUCGGCAGCGCUGCAGAACGGUUUGAGAAAUCCGAAUGAGUUGAUCAGCCGGCAAUUCGCCGUGCUAUGGGAGAUCAUACUACCCAUUGGCCAUAUUUUGUAUGGCUGCUCCGAUAUAUCUCGACAUGAUCUUCAGCGCUUGUGCUAUAAUGUGACAGAGGAUCUUUUUGCAUGGAAAGAGAGCCUGCCCUCGAAUCUCGAGAUUGAUCUGGGGGAUGACACGACUCCACGUUUACCCCAUCUCAUGAUGCUACAUAUGCAAUAUCACCAGAUCGUCAUCUUCACUCACAGACCAUGGGUAUCUAAGAACUAUAUUCAACCACGCAGUCCGCGCCAGGGACCUGGAUAUCACCACGCACGACGGAUGUGCGUUGAGUCAUCGAUAGCCAUUGCAAGGAUCCUCCAAAUUUACGAAAAACACUAUACCUUCCGCCGAAUGAACAACCAGGUCGUGGCCAUCAUCUUCAGCGCGGCUCUCAUGCUUCUUUACGUGACCAUUUCCAACACAUUUUCGUCCAGCAAGUAUGGCGCCGAUAACGCUACUAACAACGCGGAGAUGGUGGCAUACCUGAAUCUGUGCUUCCGCGCACUAGACGAGCUAGGCCAGUCUUUUGAAAAUGCUAAACGAACGCGCGACUUUCUUGUUAGCCUGCAACGCCGAUGGCAAGCCCACCUGCGUCGAUCCGGCUCGGCAAAGAAGCGUCAGGUCAGCAAACUGCUCUCCUCGCAGCAGUCCAGCGGUCCGACGGUCGAGUCAGACUCAUCAAGAAAGAAGUCACGCGUCAACGCGCCACGAAACCAUCCAACCUAUCCGUUCUCUCUAUCUUCGACCUCAUCCGCCACAACAGGCAUUACGCCCAACCACGGCCGUUCACAUACACAGUCGCAACAAGCCGUCCCUCGAUCAAUGCCUGAGUCACAGGGAUUCGGUGCGUGCCAACCAGGCGAUUUGGACUGGAUCCGCGAUUCGGAUUUUCAGCUGCUUGCCGAGAAUCUUGGGGAUGGCAGACUGGCCCAGCUAGGGACAGGGAAUCAGUACACAGAGGAGAACAUAUUACCGACUCUUUCUGACAUCGAACCAUGGUGGGACUCGACUAACGGGAACACAUUUGGGGGGUCUUCAUGA